AUUUAUUUUCUCCUAUCCUAAGGACCCCUGUCUUCCCCCAUCUAAUCUAUAAAUAUGAACACUUUUGCAACUUCCUAUCAUAUCUCUUCUUUCUCUCCAUUAUCUAUUGAGCUCUAGGAAGCACAAUGGCCAUGGCUAAACUUGUUCUUGUGCUUGCCAUUGCUCUCCUAGCCAUGGCCAUGGCUGAUUCCAGUCACAAGGUUCUUGCCAAAGCUACUGAUGGUUCUUCAGAGCAAUACAUGCAGGCUUUAAAUGGACAAGGAUCCCUCCGAACCUUUCAAUGCCCAUCACAAUGUUCAAGGAGGUGCUCUCAGACGCAGUACCACAAGCCAUGCAUGUUUUUCUGUCAGAAGUGUUGUGUGAAGUGCCUGUGUGUGCCCUCAGGUUAUUAUGGCAACAAAGGAGAAUGCCCUUGCUAUAACAACUGGAAAACCAAGAGAGGAGGACCCAAAUGCCCUUGAGUUGAAUGGUUUAGCUUUGCUCUAACCUUUUCAUAUUGUUCUAGUGUUUCGUUGCACCUAAACAUUUGCCAAGUAUUACCAUCCAGCUGCUCCAACUUACCUCACUCUAGUUUGUUAGUGUGGUUUGGGGAAAUAUAUAUUGUAUUAAGAAGCUAUAUUUAUAUUUGGCCAGUAAUGAGCUAUAAUUUCUCAA